UGCAACUUUUCCACAAACUGGGGGAACUCUGUCCACGAUUCAUUUGCGCCUUAAAAACAGCGGCAUUUGGGAAGUCCGAAAUCUUUUUGUGCGUUUAUCCUGCGAUCAGACAAAUCUAUUUAUUAGAUUUGCCAUAGUGUUUUACCGUUCUCGUGUUUAUGGUAGCCUACCUUGGUUGUCUCAUCCUAAAGGUAUCGUCAAGCAGUGUUGAAAGCUACAAAGAAGCGUUAGCUUCGUCUUAGGCGUCUCUGAUAUCUAAUAAGCGUUUUCGAAAACACUCAUAAUGGCUGGAAUGACGUCCAUCGAAUCUGUAAAAAGGAAAAUUCAGGCACUACAAAAACAAGCCGAUGAUGCAGAAGAUCGAGCCGAAGAACUUCAAAGAGAAGUGGAUGCAGAGAGGCAGGCCAGGGAAAGGGCAGAGGCUGAGGUCGCUUCCCUGAACAGACGCAUCCAGCUGGUUGAGGAAGAGUUGGACAGGGCCCAGGAGAGGCUGGCCACUGCGCUGCAGAAACUGGAGGAAGCAGAGAAAGCUGCUGACGAGAGUGAGAGAGGAAUGAAGGUCAUAGAGAACAGAGCUACAAAAGAUGAGGAGAAGAUGGAGAUCCAAGAAAUGCAGCUGAAGGAGGCCAAACACAUUGCUGAGGAGGCUGACCGCAAAUAUGAAGAGGUAGCCCGUAAGCUGGUCAUCCUUGAGGGCGAUCUGGAGCGUUCUGAAGAGCGUGCUGAGGUGGCUGAGGCCAAAUCUGGUGACCUUGAGGAAGAGUUGAAAAAUGUCACCAACAACUUGAAGUCUCUGGAGGCACAAGCUGAGAAGUACUCCACAAAGGAAGACAAAUAUGAAGAAGAAAUUAGAGUUCUUACUGAGAAACUCAAAGAGGCUGAGACCCGUGCUGAAUUUGCAGAGAGGUCUGUGGCUAAACUUGAGAAAACCAUUGAUGAUUUGGAAGAGAAACUGUCUCAGGCCAAAGAGGAGAACCUAAACAUGCACCAAGUGCUGGACCAGACCCUCCUGGAGCUCAACAACUUAUAAAGAGAGUUAUGCUUGAGGAGGGGACCAGGAGUCUUAAAACACAUAGAGCUUUCCAAUGAGGCCCAGAACAUCUUGGUCCUAUGUGUACAUACCCUCCGAAGGGAAAAGUCUUUUUGUUUGUUUGUUUGUUUGUUUCAGUUUGAUGGGUUUUAAAGUCACAGAGAUGCAUUCUGCCAUUUUCUACGUAUGAUUAUGUUUAAGAACCUAUUGGUUUAUGCAGCACAUGUGCAACCUGCAGACUACAAGCUCAUUUUAACCUUUUUCUCUUCAACACAGUGUAAUUUCUACAGUGCACCUGAGCAACACACUGUGAAAGUCUUAUCAUUUUACCAGAAUUUUCUACUACUAAAGCUGUGCUGUUGGCUAACAGUUUGGCUGUGUUGUUUAUUCCACUGUGAGCUUGUAGACUGCAGGGGGCCUAAGGGCCAAUAAAGGAGGAAGACCCCCCAUAAAUAAAUAAAUAAAUAAAGGAAUAAAUAAAUACGACUGUAACCAAAGCAGUCAUUCUUGAAGUUACCAUCAAAUAGUAUGUUUGUCAUUUUUGCUCUCAAAACAUGCGGCAUUUCAAAUUGGCGUUUCAAAUUGACAUUUUAAUAAGAAUGUAUUUGUUAGACAGUAAAGAUCCUUAAUGUUUUUUAGGGGGUCUAAAAGAAAGUUUUAAAACAUCACUUUUUUUACAUGGCCAUUGCAGUGUAGUGCAUUUCAUAAUUGAAUAAGUCAAAAAAAAAAAAAAAAAAAGGUCAUACAAAAUGAAGGGGGGGGGGGGGGGUAUUUUCUUGAUGCUGACAUCUACAUUUGCUUCUAAGGGAACUUUUUGGCAUUUUCCUUUAAGUUUGAAAAAAAAAAAAAAGAACAAUAAACAUUAUGGUAUUAAUGUCACCUUUUUAUUUCAUCACUCACAUAUGUAUUCUAUGCAACUGUGUAAGCUCUAAGAUGAACAAAUGAUUAAACGUAAGACAUGACCCUA